UUGUUAGUAACCUUACAACCCAACAUGGCUGCGCCCGACGAAGCAUGUUUUUUUAUUUGAUUAAGUUUAGUUCUCCUUUAGACACAGUUAUAUGUAUCUGAUUUGGGUUUUUCAUCACACCUCUAGGAAUUCAUACAUUGCGAUUGAAAUGUAAAGAAAUGUAGCGUAUGUUGAUACGAUUUAACAGGGUCUGCGGCGUUAAAUUGGCUAGCGAUCAGGGCUAAUGUCAAUGCCCUGUACAGAAGCUUUAGCUAGCUAACGAAUUGAUUAACUAACGAACGUUAACAUGCAGCUGUCUUUAAUAAAACAUCAAGGGUGUGCAACACCUUUUUUAAGGCAUCUUUUGGACUUCAGAGUUKAUCAAACAAGACAAAGGAGCCAGUACUGUAACAUAGCUUGCACGGUCAUUAGACACCGAUGGAUGAAGAGGGCACCUGUUUUCUGCACACASAACACCACCAACAAGAUGAUCAGUACACAGGCUGACAAAGAGAGCAUAGAUAUGUCAAAGUUCCCAGUGGAGAGGAUCAGAAACUUCAGCAUCAUUGCUCACGUUGACCAUGGGAAAAGCACCUUGGCUGACAGGCUUCUGGAACUAACAGGUGCCAUAACCACGACAGAUAAGAAUAAACAGGUGUUGGACAAGCUGCAGGUAGAGCGAGAGCGAGGGAUAACUGUGAAGGCCCAGACAGCCUCCUUGUUCUACAAGUACCAGGGACAGACCUACCUGCUCAACCUCAUUGAUACACCAGGUCAUGUUGACUUCAGUUAUGAAGUGUCUAGAUCCAUCUCAGCGUGCCAAGGUGUACUGUUGAUCGUUGAUGCCAAUCAGGGGAUUCAAGCACAGACUGUGGCUAACUUCUACUUGGCAUUCGAAGCUCAGCUGACCAUCAUUCCUGUCAUAAACAAGAUUGAUUUGAAAAAUGCUGAUCCAGAGAGGGUAGAAAAACAGAUUGAGAAGGUGUUUGAUAUUCCAACUGAAGAAUGUAUUAGGAUUUCUGCCAAACUGGGCACCAAUGUAGAACAAGUCCUUCAAGAGGUGGUGAAACGGUUACCGCCACCAACCUUUAAAAAAGAGGACCCAUUCAAAGCCCUGGUGUUUGACUCCAACUUCGAUCACUACAGAGGGGUGGUGGCGAACAUCGCUCUUUUCGGAGGCUAUUUGUCUAAAGGAGACAGGAUCAUAUCUGCGUACCUGGGGAAAAGCUACGAGGUCAACGAGCUAGGCCUCCUCAGGCCAGAUGAGCACCCCACAGAUAGAUUGUACGCGGGCCAGGUGGGCUAUGUGAUAGCAGGUAUGAAGGAAGUGAAGGAGGCCCAGAUCGGUGACACCCUCUACCAUCAGAAACAUCUGGUAGAAGCUCUGCCGGGGUUCAAGCCAGCCAAGGCCAUGGUGUUUGCCGGGAUGUACCCUACGGACCAGUCAGACUACAGCGCCCUCCGCAGUGCCUUGGAGAAACUGACGCUCAACGACUCCAGUGUGACGGUCCAGAGAGACAGCAGUUUGGCACUGGGAGCAGGCUGGAGGCUAGGUUUCCUGGGCCUGCUCCACAUGGAGGUGUUUAACCAGCGCUUGGAGCAGGAGUACAACGCCUCUGUCAUAGUGACAGCCCCCACCGUGCCCUACAAGGCUAUCCUGUCCUCCGCCAAGCUCAUUAAGGAGCAUGGCAAGGAGGAGAUCACCAUAGUGAACCCAGCCCAGUUCCCAGACAGGUCUGUAGUGAAAGAGUACCUGGAGCCCAUGGUGAUGGGGACCAUCAUCACCCCUGAUGACUACAUUGGGAAAAUCAUGAGUAUCUGCUUGAAUCGCCGAGCCAUCCAGAAGAACAUGGUGUACAUUGACGACCACCGAGUGAUGAUGAAAUAUCUCUUCCCACUGAAUGAAAUUGUCGUGGACUUCUAUGACCUCCUCAAAUCCAUGUCUUCAGGAUAUGCCAGCUUUGACUAUGAGGAUGCAGGGUACCAGGUUGCACAUGUGAUCAAGAUGGAUAUUCUGCUGAAUGGGAAACCUGUGGAGGAACUCACCACUAUUGUUCACAAAGAUCGGGCAUACAGUGCAGGCAAAGCCAUGUGCGAGCGCCUGCAAGACGCCAUACCCAGACAGAUGUUUGAAAUCGCAGUACAAGCAGCCAUCGGCAGCAAAGUCAUCGCCAGGGAGACAAUAAAGGCUUACAAGAAAAAUGUGCUCGCAAAAUGUUACGGAGGCGAUAUAACAAGAAAGAUGAAGCUCCUGAAGAAACAAGCGGAGGGUAAAAAGAAGAUGCGGUAUAUUGGAACCGUGCAAGUCCCCAAGGAUGCCUUCAUCAAUGUUCUGAAGAGGAAAGACAAGUAGAAUAUCAGUAUCCUUAGUCAUUGAAGGUAUUUUUUGUUCAACAUAUUAACGAACAAUAUUGUUAACAUCAAAAUAACUUCAAUGUCCCAUACAUAAAGAUGUUACAUUUUAACAUUGUUUAUUCUUAUAAUGUAGAUCCCGUUGCCUAUGAAAACAUGUAACGAUUACUCAGUGAAAUACUGUAAGUGCAAGGUGCAAAUACAUCAAUGAUGUAAAUAAUAAAACAAGAUCAAAUGUUA